AACGCAAAGCUACUGGUGCGUAUUUGUUGGCAAACUGCGCUUCAACUGAGUUUGCAAGGCAAACAGACUGGCAGCUGUUGUUAACGGUGAGCACAUUUGCCGAAAAUCCUGCAGUCCACGUUUCCAGACCUAUUGAUCCACGGUCUUAUUGACUAGCAAUAAAGCCAGCGCUCAAUCCGGCAGCGUCGAACAAGCUGAUUUUGAGCAGACGGACCAGUGACGUCUCGUCGAGUUCAGAAAUGGCGAUUGUGAGUAGUGGUCGAGACGUGAUGGAGUCGAAUGGGGUACAGAUUGAGUCAGGAGACCGUUUGAAUCGCCUCUAUCCAGCAGUAGACGAGGAAAAGACGCCGUUGCCACGCGCCUGGAGCCCCAAGGAGAAGUACGGCUACAUCGGACUGUCCCAAAGCAAUCUCCGUGUCCACUACAAAGGAUGGGACAAACAGUCGUACGGAUACCAUGGCGAUGACGGACAUUCGUUCUGCUCGUCAGGCACGGGACAGCCGUAUGGGCCAACGUUUACUACUGGCGACGUGAUUGGAUGUGGCGUCAAUCUCAUCGACCACACAUGCUUUUAUACGAAGAACGGCCACCAUUUGGGUAUAGCCUUCCACGAUCUGCCUCCGAACCUUUACCCGACGGUCGGCCUACAAACGCCCGGUGAAGUUGUGGACGCCAACUUUGGGCAGGAGCCGUUCGUGUUUGAUAUUGAGGACAUGAUGCGCGAGCUGCGCGCCCACACCAAGAUCGAAGUUCAAGAAUUUCCAAUUCCGGGCAACCAAUCCGAAUGGCAGGCCGUUCUAAACAAGAUCGUAUCGACCUAUUUGGUGCAUCACGGCUACUGCAAUACUGCUGAGGCGUUCGCCCAAAUCACCAAUCAGCCCUUCACCGAGGACAUUCACUCUAUCAAGAAUCGACAAAAGAUUCUGAAACUGGUACUAUCGGGGCGCAUGGGCGAGGCCAUCGAGCGCACCGGCCGGAUGUACCCUGGCUUGCUCGACAGCAAUGAAAAUCUCCUCUUCACCCUAAAGUGUCGUCAAUUUGUCGAGAUGGUCAACGGUUCGGACAUUGAGGUUUGCCAUAGAAAGUGCGGAACUGGAAUUCUAAACUCUUCGCAAUUAGACAACAGCCCAGUCCAUCCGUCCGUGAUCCAGUCACCGAAGGGACUGUGCAAAUCGAGCCAUAAAUCAGCAGUUGCUUUGAAAGCAGCACGCAACGGAACGGCCCUAAUCGAAGACGACGACGCCAUGGACGUGGAAUUUUUGGACGACUGUCCCAACGGCGUGGACUGCAGGAUCUGUGAAAAUUGUCCCAAUACGACCGAUUGUCCCAACAUACAAGACUGUCAAAACGGAUCAGCCGACUGCGUCAACGGUAAAGAACCUGUUAACGGUUAUCAUAACGGCAGCAAUCACUGCACUGCCGGUGCAGAUGCCCCCAGUUCCUGUGAUGACGAAGACGACAUGGAUGUGGACGUGCCAGUUUGCCGCAAGUCCUGUUCAAAGCCGGCCGUUGAGCGAAUACUGGAGUUUGGUAGGGAGCUCUACAGCAUGAGCCAACGGUUAAAGACGGACAAGUUGACCCGACAACACAACCAGCACAUGUUGGAGGACGCCUUCAGUUUAUUAGCCUACUCGAAUCCGUGGGACAGUCCCAUCGGCUGGCAACUAGAACCCGCCCAGCGAGAAGCCGUGUGCGCUCAACUCAACUCCGCCAUUCUAGAAUCAAAUAAUCGGCCACGUAAGCCGCCCUUAGAAGUGGCGAUGGCGCACGCCCACGAACUCACCCGCCUGAUGUCCUACAACGGGCUCGGUUCAUGUGCUUUUGCUGCCGUGUCCGAUAUCCUCGACCAGGACCACUGACCCGCGGGUGCAGCUCGACAGGCGCCUUUUUGCGGUCGGUAAAACACGAGCUGCAUCGUUCAUGUUGACCAAAACUCGGGGGGAGCGCACGACUACCCCAAUCCGAUGAAAACACUAUCGAAUUGCUGACUGCCAUUCUCCUAGAGGAACAAAACCGAUGGGCAAAUUUUCACAUUGACGCCCUCUUUUACAACCGUCUUGUGGGUACUAUUUCAGUUUGAAAAUGGUGAUUUUUCAGCGUUCAAAACUACUUAAGUCCAACAAUUCACCCAUGUUGAUUCUUACACCCAAACAUUGACUCUGCCUCAUGAUUACGGGCUGGUCCGGAUCGAGGUCAAGGAAAUUCGUGUGUUUAGAUGGUAACGCGUUAGGGUUUAGGAACAUAAUAACAUAGAAAUUGUAAGCGAUCGAGCCAUCACUCAUAGGCUUGAUCGGUUUGCUGUCUAUAGUCGGUAAAGAUGCAAUCGUAAGUUAGCUAUGUAGAUUAGAAAUGUAAGCUUUUUUGACACGUCCCAAUUGGGUGUAAGGAGUCAACGUACCAUCUGACUGCAAUCAUGUACCUGCAAGUUGGCAACCAUGUGAUAAAACCAUAUUUUGAGAGUGAGUCAGUUGUCUAAACGAUGCGACGUUUCGCCUGUAAAUAAGGACAGUUUUUUUACGUUUGUACAUAUAACGAGCGAAUUCGGUUUUUAUUCCGCGCAAGGGCCCGUCUCUUUCAAUCAAUUCUAAGGUGUUUUUUUUUAUUUUACGUAGACCUAUAAUACCAUUUUUAGUGAUGCAAACUGACAGAAAAUGUACAUAAAUUAUUAAAAUGUUUAAUUGUUUAUGAAUAAUUUACCGAUAAUAAAAAAAUGUAUUUA